AGCUCGGCGGCUCCGAUCCGGCUAAGAUCCAGCUCCUUCUUUCCCCCCCUCACACUAUUUUCUCCCUCCUUUCUUCAAUUAAACACACCCACAAAACAGGCUCACAGUCUAUACACACGCAUAUACAUACAUAUAUACGAGUACUUGUUUUCAAGCCAUUUUGAAAGAGGGUUUGAUGUAGCAGCUUUAAAUGUUUAACGGUUGGUUUAAGUUUGCAGUGGUUGAAAGAGAAGAUCUGUACUUGGGCCUUCAAAAGCUGUUGGCUUUUGUUUGACUAUUUCUCAUGCAGUUUGAGGAAGGUGUAGAUGGUGGUAAAUCUGUAGCGUUAAUGGAUUGGAGUGUAAACACCACCUACAAAAACUUAAAAGAUAUAGAAUCCAAAUCUGUGAUGGAUGUGGCACUCCUUUCAAAUGUGGAACCUCUAGAUAGUGUACCAGGUACUUCUUCAGAUAAAGGAAAUCAUGCAACAAAACCAAGAAAGAAGACUAUGACUUCAGUUUACCUUAGAUUCUUCGAAACAGCACCUGAUGGCAAGAAUCGCAGGUGCAAGUUCUGUGGACAAAGCUACUCAAUCUCUACAGCCACCGGCAAUUUGGGCAGGCAUCUUAGCAACCGUCAUCCAGGAUAUGAUAAGUCAGAUGACACCGUUUCCACCCCAAGCCCACAACCGAUUAUAGUGAUAAAAAAGCCUCAAACCCAAGUCAAGAUGUCUCAUGCAGAACUUGACCAUCUAAACUGGUUGCUCAUAAAAUGGCUCAUUUUAGCAUCUUUACCUCCUUCUACGUUUGAAGAAAAAUGGCUAUCUAACUCCUUUAAAUUUGUCAAUCCACCCGUCCAAAUCUGGCCUACUGAGAAGUUUCACUCAGUACUUCAUGAAGUUUUCAAAAGCAUGCGAGAAGAUAUUCGGUGCAUGUUAGCAAAUGUUACCUCAAAAGUCUCAAUUACCCUUGAUUUUUGGACAUCAUACCAACAAAUCUUUUACAUGAGCAUAAGCUGUCAAUGGAUUGAUGACCUCUGGUCCUUCCACAAAUUGCUUCUUGACAUAUCUCGGGUCCCUUCACCUUGUGGAAGUUCAGAAAUAUAUCACACACUAAUUAGAGUCUUGAAAUUCUAUAGCUUAGAAGAUAGAGUUCUUUCAUGUACUCAUGAUAACAGUACAAAUGCCAUUCAUGCAUGUCACACUCUUAAAGAAGAUCUUGAUAGCCAGAAAGCUAACCCCUUUUGCUAUGUUCCCUGUGCCGCUCAUACAUUAAAUUCUGUUAUAGAUGAUGGUUUGAGGUCAACUAAAUCAGUAAUUGCUAAGAUUAGGGAGUUUGCAUUGGAGAUUAAUUUAUCAUCUGAGAUGAUAGAGGAAUUUAGUCAGUUUACAACAACUUAUCAAGAAGGUAAUUGGAAAUUUCCACUUGACGUGUCAGCCCGCUGGAGUGGCACUUAUCAAAUGCUUGAUAUUGUUCGUAAGGCAGGUAAAUCUAUGGAAUCUACUAUUAGGAAGUACGAAGAUACGCUUGGUAGGUUGCUGCUAAAUUCAGCUGAGAAAAAUGCCAUCUAUCUCAUGCACUCGUAUCUAGAACCAUUUUACAAGACCACAAACGACAUAUGCACAAAUAAAUUACCAACCGUAGGAUUAGUUCUUUUCUUCAUGGAUCACAUUUCUGAGACUAUAACGACAUGUAGUAAAUCUCGUAACAGUCCAGACUGGCUCAAAAGUGUAGCAAUUGACAUGGCUGCAAAAGUAAGAAGUUACAAUGACCAGGUUUCAAACAUAUUUACAUACAUGACUGCAAUUCUUGACCCUCGUAUAAAAAUAGAACUAAUUCCUGAAAGUCUCAACUUGGAAACCUAUCUGGAAGAAGCAAGAAGCCACUUUGUCAGAAAUUACUCAAAUACCCAUUUCUCUUCUAUCUCUACAUCUUACGGUAAUACUCAAGAUUUAGAUGAUGGAGGGGGUAAUGUGUCGUUUGCAGAGGAAAUAGCCCGUAAAAGACGAAGGGCUAGUAUGGGAAGCUCAACAGAUGAGCUCACACAAUAUCUAUCUGAGCCCCUAGCUCCAAUUCCAAUUGACGUGUUAGAAUGGUGGAAAGUGAAUAGGACACGUUACCCGCGGUUGUCCUUGAUGGCCCGAGAUUUCUUGGCAGUUCAAGCAACUUCAAUGCCACCCGAGGAUUUGUUUUGCAGUAAAGGGGAUGAGGUUGAAAAGGCAAAACAAUCACUUCCACAUUCGAGUAUUCAGGCUAUCCUUUGUGUUAGAUCAUGGACCGAGUGUGGGAUGAAGUUGAAAUACAAGUCGACAGAGAUAGAUUACGAGAGGUUGAUGGAGUUGGCAGGGGCAGGAGAUAACGUUGCAGGCGCUUCUGAGAAGAAACACAAGUGAUGUUUGUGAUCUGAAGAAGGGAAAUGGGUGUGUUUUGUUUGUUUGAAAAUGUAUGUAUAUAUAUAGGACUAGAGAUUUGUUGAUGUACAGAUUGUAGAUGAAGAUUUUCUAACCCCGUUUGUUUUUCUUUUUUUACCA